AUGGGUAACAAACUUGAACCGACACCAUCACAAAUGGGCAUCAUAUCACCACACAACACUGACGGUAGUGAUUCAAACGUGGAAGGUGCAAAUGGCGCAGAGUUUUAUACGGGGAAUUCUCUCGAGGCCUCUGAUGGGGCAACUGUGGAAGAUUCCAAUGCAAGUGAAUUACACGACAUUGAAUAUUCCUCGGGCGGGGAAAAUAAUACACAAGGAAACAGUUAUACCGAACUGGAGGGCGAAUUUAAUUUAAAUACGUACGGCUCACCAAAUUUCGAUCCGACUAGCAAAUUCGAUAUCACAGAGCUUAGAGGGUCAAGCCGGCAGGAAUUUUUAGAUGCUGUCGGGGAGGAUAGUGUGUUUGACGACGAUAAUUUCUCCUUGAAUCUCUCGAUUCCGGUGCGAACUGAUAAUAAGCAAAAAUCAUCCAUUCUUAUGCCUUUAAGACACAAAAAGAUUGGCCCAUCGCUAAGACGAGAAAAUAUGAAACUACAAUUUGAUAAGAAUAAAAGGGACGAAUUACAUGUUUGCGAAGAUCAGAGACGCGAAGAGGAACAGCAGUUGCAGGUGCUGAGAGAACAGGAAUGGCGAGAGAUCAAUGGACAAAAACAAUCGCGUCAGGAGAAGGGUCGUUGCCAUGAGGAACGACAACAGCGCAAAGAACAACCAAAUCAGGAGCAACAUCGAAGGGAAAAAGAGUCUUUACUAAAAAAGCAAGAACAGAAAGAAGAGACGAUUAGGAGAGAACAAUUACUCCAGGAGAACGAAUGUCAACAGGAACAAUUGCGCAAAAGUAAGGAACAUCAAUUACAAAUGCAAAGACAAAGACAGCAGGAAUUUUCUUUAUUGGAAAAGGCACGUCAGGAACAUCAGAUACAGCAGUUUUUUCUUCAGCAUUCGCGACUCCCUUCACCCGCCAGAAGUUCCAAAGAUUCAUCGGAACCUCGAAUUGUGCCUACAGAAGAACCAGUCACACCAUUAAUUUCAAUGAAGACAUGUUAUCUACCAGACAUGUCUCUAUCAUCAAACGAUAAUCGCGAAUAUAGACAUAUGAGCGACCUUGGGACUGGUAAUCAAGAUAACUACAGGCAACUUGAAAUUGACAAAAAGAAUGCAGAUCUGCGUAUUAACCAACUGGAAAAGGAGAUCGAACAAUAUUGUCAACUUCUACAAAAUGAACGAGCUAAAGUACGAACGUAUGAAAUUGGUGAUCGUGCGAAUGAGCCAAAGGAGAGGGACAACCGGAGACAGAUCGAGAAGGCUGAAAAAGAAAAGCUCGAAAAUCGCGUGAAUUCCUUACAUAAGAAAUACGAAGCCUUAAUAAGACAGUUGGAAUACUCGAAACAUUAUAUUCUUAGGGCGGAGGAAGAACGUGACGAAGCAAAAAAGGCCUUGAUCGUGGCUAAACAAGAAAUUGCGGCCAUGAAUGAAGAACAUGAGCACCUUAAAGCGACAGCACAUUCUCCGACGCGAAAUCAGAGACCAAACUCUCGAGACGUAUUUUCUUCUUGGUCAGUAAAGACGAAAUCGUCCUUAGCAUCGCGGCCGCAACCAGAUGGGACCAUUAGAACUUUGAGCAGUGAGAGACGAAAGAAUGCAAUUUUUAGUAAGGGGCAGCAUGAUAUCUCAUAUAGUUCCCGUUGUUCUGAUUCAGGGAGCAAUCAACAACGGAAUUAUUUUUAUCCAGAACAAAACGAUGAUAUUUGGGAAGAAAAUUCAAAGAAAAAAAUUUUGCGCCAGAACGGACAAGCUCAACAGAAGGAUAAUGCGGAAGACGAUUCGGGUUCAAGGGAAGAAUAUGAACAUGUUGAUCCCAAAAUUGUUCUACGACCUACCAGCAGUAAAGGGUCACAACAAUCUGGACAUCAAUAUAUUGAUCCUGGGGAUACUGACAGAGUCGAGGAUCUAUACGAAAAUCCCCAACAAGAAACCCAUUUGUUAUCGAAUAACAACUGCCGUCAUUUUAAUAGGGCGCAACGAUAUUAUGAUGAAUUAACGGGCGAAAAGCUAUUAGCAAGUUCUGCAGAGGACAAUAGACAAUUUAUUAGUAUGCGAAAAAGUUCACAUCGUGACCCUUCUCAAGAAUCGUAUGAUCGAACGGGGGAACGCGAAUACUCCAAAGGUUAUUUCAGAGAACAAAAUAGACGAUGGAGAGAUGUAAGAAACGGAAAAUCAUAUCUUAGAAAAAGGGUUCGCGAUGUUGCCGAAACACAUUUACGAAAUGAAAAUGAUUCAGGCGACCAUUGUGAAGUUCCAUUUAUUGUGGAGACGGGCACCGAAAAAUCGUAUUCCGCUACUGCUAAUUUACAACAGGCCUUCGCCACGUUAGAACACCACAAUACUAAUUCAUGUUCUGUGUGUAUGGGGGAAAAUCGAACUUCUAAUAGGAACGAAUCGAAAAAACGCUCAAAGGCUCGACUUAAUCACACCGAUGAACACGAUACAAAUUACGACGCCCAAGAAACCCCUGACAAGGCAUUAGUAAAGGUCAUAAAUGAUUUAACUGACGAAUUAACACAUUUGAAGAUAUAUUACAGUAACUUGGUUGACGAGUAUCAUGCAAUUGAUCCGGUGGACAGUAAGGCCGUCAGGACCGCAUUGGCUGAAGAAAUGAAAGAUGCGAUGGACAGUAUGGAAAUGAAAGGAGAUCAGAUUGCAAUGUUAUAUGAUGUGCAUAAGCGAACGGUCAAGUCUCCGUCACGACCAAGUCAAACGACGAACAAAUCCAAUUCAUUUCAACCCACCAGUAGGCAUAGAAAUAGUACCGCGAGAUCCUCUAAAUGCGCGACAAAGGUUCCGAGUAUAAAUUUGCCAAGAGGUACCCAGAGAGCACAAGAGGUAUUCAAACAUGAUGUAUGA